AUGACCACUACAUCAGGCCUUUCCGUCACUCUCGCUCAGGCCAUCGCCUACCUCACUCGUCCUCUUAUUCUUACGCACCCUGCUGCGACAAUCAUCAGACUUCAGCUCGCGCUCGAGGCAAACUUAACUGCACUCUUCGCCCCUUCUUGGGCUCCUAAGGAACCCCUUCGCGGUUCCGGCCGGCGUUGCCUCACCCUCUCCCCCACUUGUCUUCCCCCACGUGCCGUAUAUGCCGCAUGCCUUGCAUCCGGUGUCCAGUGGUUCGACUGGAUUGCGGCUAUGGGCGGACGUGAGUUCGACUUCUUUGUUGAUCCAGGAUGCAUCUCUGUGCGGUUCGGGAAGGGCACUAAGCUCAUUACAAUCUGGUCAGAGGAGCUGAUGGCUCGGGCCGUUUCCGCGGCACCCCAUACACAUUUCAACCAGCUGCCAUUCAAAUCCAAGACAUUUGCCCAGCAGCUCUUGGAGAAUGAUCGCACAGAUGAUGAUGAACUUUUCGCCUUGAUCGCUGACGAAGUCAGUGCGCCCACUUGGAUGACCCCUGUCGUUGACCGUUUCCCUGUUCCUCCACGUUCUGAAUCACCGCUAUCCGCUAUAUCAACUGACUCGUGCUCCAGCUACCGCUCGUCCGAUUCGGACUCCUGUUUCUCUGCGACGACUGCCUCUACCUUGUCCUCUAAAAGCGACAGUCAGUCAUCCCGACUCUCCCGUCGCGAGAGGGCCAGGCAGGCUCGUGCCUUUAUUGACACCUCCAAGACUGAAGUCACCCCUUACGAUGGUGGCAAGACUACUGUUCUCACCGGUGGUGUGAUGCUAGGUGCACCCUCCAAGACCAAGAGCGGCCCGUCUGCUCCUGCUUGGCGCCGUGCAUAA